AUGUGCCCCAUGUAUCUUAUGCUUGUGACUAAUUCAUGGUAUUUAUUUUCCGUUUUUUCUAUAGAGUUCAUUGUAGGGCGUCUCACAGCAACACAAGUAGAAGAUAAUAGUAUAUUUCUCAGACAUGGCCCUGUCCUGGCCACACAUCAUGACGUACAAUUAUCAUUCCUGCUUCACGACCCCAGUGGCUUCUUCAGGACAUCUGUAUUCAGUUACAGAUGGAGCUUUGGAGAUGGGUAUAAUAUGCAAACAGAAGAACCUUUUGUUUAUCAUAACUAUUCUUCACCUGGGAGGCUCAUGGUCUCUCUUGACGUAACUGCACAUCACCAAAACUCAAGUUAUGAAAAGAGUUCAGUAAAGACGACAGGACUUUUCAUGGCUGAGCUGACAUUGAUAGAUGUUAUUAGAAAUAUUACUCUCAUCGGUUCUCAGGAGACAAAUACGGGACACAAAUUAAAUAUGUCACUGCAUUUCUUUGGCAGUUAUCCUCUCAUUAUCUGCUGGCUGAUCAAAUCAGACUGUGUGUAUUUGGAGGGAGAUAAGUGCCACCCAUUGGAAAUACAUGACACAAUCUUCAGUUUAAGACAUGAAUUUAAUAAUGCAGGAAGGUAUUGCCUUAGUGUCAAAGCAAAAAAUGAUGUGAGCAGUCUGCAAGAUUUUUACAGCAUCAAAGUUUAUCAUUCAGCACUCUCUGCCAUUUGGAGAGAAUUGACUCCAGGUGUUGUUGACCGUGUUUUAACAUGA